GUUUGGGGUAGGUGUGUGAUGCUGCGAACACUGAUAAGAUUUCCCGAGCUCAGACUGGAAGAUUUGUCCAGGUAGACAACAUAUGUAAGUAUGUAUUUAUAGGUACACAUUCCUGUGGCACUCCAUGUGAUGCACUUGUGAAGACCCGCAUGUCAAUUCACAUCUGACAGCUAAUUUAUCGCUUCAUAGUAAGUAAAUAUUGUCAUUUCCAUCAAUAGUUUUGGGCAGAUUAAUCUUAUAAUUACAUAUGAUAUAUACAUAUAUAUAAAUGACAAGAGUUUCUGAGUACUUCCCUGGUUUAUUCAAUUAUUGUAUUACAUUUUCCCUGAUGAACCUCUAAAAGGUGAAAGUACUAGAGAUACAAUGUAUACCAAGAAACUUUUUUGUCAUUUCAUUUACUUUUAACCAUCACAAGGUCUGUAUAGGAACUGGACUGGGUUGAUCGUUGGCACCAGGUAGCUCAAUUGGUAGAGCGUCUGUCUAGAGUUAGGAGGGUCUAGAGUUAGGAGUGAGUUAGGAGUGUGUCUAGAGUCAGGAGUGAGUUAGGAGUGUGUUUAGAGUUAGGAGGGUCUAGAGUUAGGAGGGGUCUAGAGUUAGGAGGGUCUAGAGUUAGGAGGGUCCCGGGUUCAAACCACGGUAUUUCCGUGCAUUUUUCCAUCUCCUGUAACAUAUAUAUAUAAUUGAGGUCAAAAAGGUUUCUUCAAUUAUCUCUUAAAUAAGGCAAUAGUUUUUAUCUGUUUACAGAAUAUUUGUUACAAAGGCAGCACUGGUCAGACUGUAAAAGAGCUUUCAGUAUCAAAGUAAAAAUAAACAAACUAAGAAAUAUAAUGCAUUAAAAUCUAAGGAAGAAAGGGAUGUCCAGAUAAGGAUACUUAAGUAGAGGAAAUUGUUACAUUGUUGAUAGCUGGCUGGUUCGGGGCCACGGACAGCAAGCUGUGUUUGAUUCCUGUAGAUGCCAGGACGUAUGUUAUUGGUGCUCCAGGCUAUUCCAUACCCGGGCGGCCUUAAAAUGAAUUGACAUCUUUCCAUACCUUGUGUUUCUAGCCCUUGGUACAGAAAAGGUUUUUUGUUUCUUAAAAUUAUAUAAGACAUUAUUUUUCUCAACAAGGUCACUGAAUAUUUCUCCUUAAGCCACUUUCAAAUGUUGGUGAGUGCCAUUAGAUGUACUAAGAUUGGGAUCUUAAAGUGUUAGCAAGUCUCCACAGGAAAAUUAGGAGUUCAGGACUGUCACUAAUACUGAUAACAUGUGAGAACUACUAAUUCCGUAGGUCUCCUGUAUUACCUGUAAGUUUUAUAGAGUAAUUAUAUAUAUACGACAGCAGUCAGAUCAGUGUUGAUAGCCACAAUUCUAUCUAAAAAGAGAAGUAAGGGGGACAGAUGUGACACCAUUGUAUCAGUGUAAUAUACACUUGACAGAUAUUUCAGACUGAACACGAUGCCGUCCCAGCAUGAACCUGUGUACCAAUUUACAAACUGCCGCCUGUUACGUAAUCACCAGCUGAUUGCUGAUGAUCUCUGGGUAAGGGCUGGAAAAAUUAUCAACCCUGAGAAACUGUUUUUUGAUGAGAAAGCUGCAGCUGAUAAACAGAUUGACUGUGGUGGUGUUAUUAUCUCCCCUGGAUUGAUUGACGUACAGAUCAAUGGGGCCUUUGGUGUGGACUUCUCUUCAGAUGUGACUGAUGUUGAGAAGGGUGUAGAAAAGGUUGCGAAAGGCCUGCUGGAACACGGGGUCACCUCCUUCUGUCCAACCCUGGUCACAUGCUCUCAACAAACAUAUUCACAGAUUGUACCAAGGAUAAAAAAAAGCAAUGGUGGAAAAGGAGGGGCAGGCAUUUUAGGUUUGCAUCUUGAAGGGCCCUUCAUCAGUCAGGAGAAGAAAGGUGCCCAUAAUGAAGCACUCAUCAGAGAAUUCACCAAUGGAUUUCCUGACCUGAUGCAGAUGUAUGGUACACUGGACAACACAGCUAUUGUGACCCUGGCCCCGGAGUUAGACAGGUCAGAAGAGGUCAUCAAGGAGCUAGUCAGCAGAGGAAUUAUUGUAUCUGUUGGUCACUCCAUGUCGAACCUGAUCCAGGGGGAGAAGGCCGUACACAGUGGUGCAUCCUUCAUCACACACCUGUUCAAUGCAAUGCUGCCGUUUCACCAUCGUGACCCUCACCUGAUUGGCUUGCUCACCAGUAAGAUGAUUCCAUCCGACAGGAAGGUGUUCUAUGGACUUAUUGCUGAUGGCAUUCACACACAUCCCGCAGCCCUUAGAAUCGCACACAGGGUCGAUCCCAAAGGGUUAGUACUUGUGACGGACGCUAUACCAGCCAUGGGACUGCUGGCUGGCAAACACAACAUAGGAUCACAGAUGGUGGAGAUCAAGGGCAAACGUGCUGUCAUAGCAGGCACCAAUACACUAUGUGGAAGGUAAAUCAUAGCAGGCACCAAUACACUAUGUGGAAGGUAAAUCAUAGCAGGCACCAAUACACUAUGUGGAAGGUAAAUCAUAGCAGGCACCAAUACACUAUGUGGAAGGUAAAUCAUAGCAGGCACCAAUACACUUUGUGGAAGGUAAAGCAUAG